AUGUUCGCUCAACCUAGACGACUGACACCGGCCGGUUUUCAGGCCGCGAGUGCGGAAUUUGAACACAUGCUGCAGCUGGGAAUCACUCGACCGUCCGAGAGCCCCUGGGCAUCCCAUUUGCACAUGGUGCUCAAGGCGACAUCAGGCGACUAGAGACCCUGUGGCGACUAUCGUGCCCUCAACAACGCAGCCAUUCUCGAUCGGCACCCUGUGCUUCAUCUUCAGGAUUUUGUUGGAGCCCAUUUCGGCAAAGCGGCUUUCUCGAAGAUUGGUCUGGUGCGUGCCUUUCAUCAGAGUCCGGUCGUCACUGAGGAUAUCCCCAAAACUGCCAUCACUACACCUUUCGGUCUCCUUCAAUUUACCUGUAUGCCCUUCGGUCGUCGUAAUGCCGCUCAAACGCCUCAGAGGUUCAUUGAUCGUUCCUUAUAUAGCCUACCCUUUGUCUACGUCUCAAUCGAUGUCCUUUUGGUGGCUAGCCAGAAUGCCGAAGAACUCACAGAGGAACUUGCCUUGGUGUUGAAACGCCUCGACAAGUACGGUGUCGUCAUCAACCCCUCAAAGUACGUUUUUGGCGUGCCUUCUCUUGAAUUCCUUUGCCAUCCUUUCGGCUCAGAAGGUUUGAGUUCCCUCUCCUCCAAGGCCGAAGCCAUUCAGUAUUUUCCUUCACUAACCUCUCAGCGUUAGCUACAACGUCUUCUCGGCAUGGAAAACUUUUACCCCCUGUUCCUACCGAACUGUACCGUCCUCACGCCGUCACCAACCAACAUAUUUUCUCGUCCGAAAGGUCCCUUUGGGUUUACUGCGGACGUACUAACUGUUUUCGGGAGGACCAAGUCCUCCUUUGCUGACGAUACCUUGCUCGCACAUCCUGCUCCCCAAGCCCCGCUGUCCCUCAUGGUUGACGCUUGGACAGUAGCCCUAGAAGUUGUCCUCCAACAACACCUAACUGACUCCACACGACCGUUGGCGUUCUUCUCUAAGAAACUGUCGGCUGCUGAGACGAGACACAGUACCUUUGGCCAUAAUCUUCUUGCCAUUUGCUGGCUGUGAAACACUUUCGACAUUUCCUUGAAGGUCGUGACUUCACACUUUUCACGGACCAUAAGCCCCUUACAUUUGCUAUACGAGCACACUCAGACAAAUACAACCCGAGAGAGAUGGCUCACUUGGCCUUUAUUUCCCAAGUCACCACCGACAUCCGCCACAUUGAUGGCAGGAAGCAUGAGGUGGCCAAUAUGCUGUCCAAACCUUCCCUCUCGACGUUUCCUCUCUCCCAUGGGAUUUACCUUUGUGCCAUGGCGAAUGAGCAACGGUGUGUUGGUUGCCCGGACGACGAGUUCGUUAGUGGUCUUCAGUUCGUAGACGUCCCUUUGGCCACUGGCACAAUCUUGUGUGACGUCUAGACUCCUUUUCAUCGAUUUUUUGUGCUCGCCUCGAUGUGUCGAAUUGUUAUCCAAAGUCUCCAUAGACUUUCCCACCCUGGGAUCCAAGCCUCACAAAAUCUCCUCUCGGAAAGGUUCGUCAGGUCUGGCAUAAACAAGGACGUCAAAGCCUGGGUGCGUUCUUGUUUGCAUUGCCAGCACAACAAGGUGAAACGUCACAACCAGUCCCCACCAGGCACAUUCCCCAGCCCUGACGCUCGGUUUGACCAUAUGCACCCGUAUGUCGUAGGCCCCUUACCUCCAUCCAACGGCUAUACUCACCUUAUUACUUACGUUGUUCGGUACACUCGCUAGGCUGAAGCAAUUCCAUUCCGAAUGUGCCGGCUGAAGCCAUCGUGAGGGCCUUCGUCAGUCGUUAGGCAGUCAUGUUCUGUGUCCCCUUCACGGUUACGACUGAUCGUGGUGCCCAGUUUGAGUCUGCUGUCUUCCCAACCCUCCUCAGUUUUCUUGGCUGCACGCGUAUUCGGACGACAGCUGCCAGCGGGAUGGUUGAGCGUGUCCAUCGCUCUGCGUGUCGCAUAAGACCCAAGAACUUGGUCAAACAACCUCCACUUGUCCUCCCCGGCCUUUGCGCGGCUCUGAAUUCGGAUUUGAACUAUAGUGCAGCUGAGUUGGUUUUCGGCACUACUCUCCAACUGCCAGGCAAGAUGGUCACCCCAACCUCUCGUGGUGUCGACGAAACCCCUGACAAUUUUGUGUACUGUCUGCGGUAA